GCCACUCGGCUCCCCCACCACCCUACGCCGCCUGCGCCGCUGCAACAGUUGCGUCACCGCCCCGAUGACGUCACGAGGGCCGCCGCCGCUGUGGAAGGGCUGAAGGCAAAAAUGGCGGAAUGCUCGCACGCCCGGUGCAUACAAGAGCGCAGGGCAAUCAGAAAGGAGCUGCAGCGAUGGACAAAGAACAUGGUUUACGUCGUAGGUUUGGAGCGCGUCGCUGAGGAGUUGAUGGGAAGACGGAAAUGGCGGCAAUUGGGAGCCAUUGGGACCUGGGACGACCACGACUCGAAGGCGUGUCCCGCCGACGGCCCUGCGGACCCUGCCGAAGGCCCGAAAGGCUCGAAGGGGCCCCGGGGGCCGACAGACUCACCGCAAGACUUCGAGCCCCACCAAGACCUGCAGUGCUGCUUCUGUGACGACCCGCUCGACACGAGCACGCAGCGCGUCGCGUCCGACAGCGAGGACGACAGCGGGAGCGUGGCGAGCGAGGGGAGCGCAUGCACGCUGCUGCCCCUGCCGGCCACCAUGACCACCCUGGAGGCCGUCACCUCCAUGGGGGCGACCCUCGCCGCCGUGGCCGCCUUCAAGCAGGGCCACGCCAACAACUCGACGCCGACGGCCACCUCCACCAGCAGCGCCAGCCCCACCGCCGCGUCGGGGCUGUACCCGCUGGGCCACCCCGGGCUGCUGCCCGCAUGGUACCUCUCGUCGCCGCACGCGGCCGCAGUGGCGGCAGUGGCGGCGGCGGCGCAGCAGCAGCAACAGCAGCAGCAACAGCAGCAGCAGGACUCCAACCGGAGCACGCCGCUGGACACGAGUUCCCCGGGCCCCGGGUCCGGCAGUCCGAGCGUCGGCGCCAGCCCCUCGGCCUUCCCUCCGACGGCGUCCUCGCCCGGCACCUGCUCGCCCAGCGCUGCUAGCGGCGCGGGCGGCGCCAGCCCCAUCGACAUGCCCAUGCCGCUGGACCUGAGCGCCAAGGCCGCGGCCCUGGCGGCGCUCGCCAUCGAGAGCGACUCGCUGCGGGACUCCCUCAAGGUGCCCGACAGCAGGAACAUUUUCAAGGCGCGGCCGCGGCCGAACACGGCGCUGACGCACCGGCGGACCUACACCGAGGACGAGCUGCAGGCCGCGCUGCGGGACAUCCAGAGCGGCAAGCUGGGGACGCGGCGGGCCGCCGUCAUCUAUGGCAUCCCGCGGUCCACGCUGCGCAACAAGGUCUACAAGCUGACCAUGGAGCGCAAGUGCGACCCCGCCAGCCUAGUCAUGGCGGGCGCCGACCCCACGCGGCUCUCGCUCAGCUCGCUGGCCCUGCCCACCGAGGACGACGACGGCGCGCUGUCCGGCGGCGAGGACGACCUGGCCGAGAAGAUGUCCAAGUCCCCGCUGGACGGCCCGGCGGGGCUGGGUGCGGGCGAGGAGAGCGAGGAGGGAGCGUCGCCGCCACCGUCCGGGCUGCCCGCCUUCCCCGGGGCGGACCAGUGGGGUAUGGCGGGGCUGGACUACCACGCGCUGGCGCCGUACAUCUCCAAGCUCCUCGGCGCGCAGCAGUCCCUGCUGGCCCGCAACGUGUCCGGCUCCAGCCCCGGCCUCGGACCCACCACGCCGGGCAGCGGCGGCGAAAGCCCCAGCGCCGAGGGCGCCGACUUCCUGCCCAAGUUCGCGUCACCGCUCCUGCCCGACUUCCUGUACCGCAUGAUGGCCGAGGAGCGGGCGCAGGGCCAACCCUUCCACAACGGCGACGGCCGUGACGGCCGCGACGGCCGCGACGACGACAAGCGGAGCACGGCGUCACCCUCACUGUCCAGGUCGGAGGCCGACGACGACCGGCCCACCUCGCCGGCCAACGUCAUCCUCAAGAUUCCGUCCUUCAAACCCACCUCCAAGAACGGCGGCGGCGACGCCGGCCUGUUCUCCCGGUGCGGCGGCAGCGGAGAGUCUAGUCAGCACUCCGAGCACGGCGCCGCGUCGAGUCCCGGCGCGCCCGCACCCGCCGUCAGUCCGCCCAGCCCCGCGCAGAUCCUGGCCAACAAGGCGCUGGCGGCCAAGUUCCCCCACCUCAGCCGACUCGGCCCCAUCUCACCCAUCUUCGACCUGAAGCGGCCUCACUACGGCAGCUCGGCGGCGCACCACGCCAUGGCCGAGUCCGUCAUCAAGAGCAUGCAGCAGGCCGCCACCCGGGCCGCCACGACCACGACGAGCACCAGCAGCAGCUCGUCGUCGCAGGCCAGCGGCAAGGGCACCCGGCCCAAGCGCGGCAAGUACCGAAACUACGACCGCGACGCGCUCAACGAGGCCGUCAAGGCGGUGCAGCGCGGCGAGAUGAGCGUGCACCGCGCGGGCUCCUUCUACGGCGUGCCGCACUCCACGCUCGAGUACAAGGUCAAGGAGAGGCACUUGAUGAGGCCGAGGAAGCGGGACCCCAAGCCACAGCAGCCCGCCGACGACAAGCCGAAGCAGGACGCGGUCGGCGUCGGGAACGUGCUGAGGCUGUCGCCGGGCGACAAGAUGCCCAGCCUGCCGGGGAUGUCGGGGCUGCCCUCGGGACUGCCCUCGGGGCUGCCCGGCACCAGCAAGCCCAAGCCCUUCAUCCAGCCGCCCCUCGCGGCGCCGCAGAACGGCCUCAAGGCCAGGUUCGACCCCGCCGGCAUGCCGCUGGGCUACGGCGGCAUCCCUCCCUUCCCCUUCUGGGGCCCUGGCUACGCGCCGCUGCCGCUGGACUUCAGCGGCCAGACGCCCUUCAACUCCAACACCAAGCAGCUCUUCACCACGCAGAUGAUCCAGAGGCUACAGGAGGCCCAGGAGAACAGCCGGAACAGCUCGGCAUCAGGGCCCCCGCCGCCGGGGGUGCCAGGUUCAGCGGGGGGCCCUCCCGGCCCGGGCCCUGGCCCCGGCCCCGGGUCUGAAGCUGGUCUGAGGCCGGGGGUGGGGCUGGGCGCCACGCCGGACGGCAGUCCCGUGUCCAGCAAGGCCGCAGCGCUGGCGCUCGGCCUCAAGCGGGGCCGCGACGUGGAGGACGCCAUGGACGACAGCUCCAGCGACAACAACACCCUGCUGGACGGCAUCAUCCGGUACGGCCUGGAGAAGGGCCUCUCCCGGCCGCCCAAGGAAGCCCUCGAGAAGAUGGCCAACAACGCCUUACUAGACCAGCUGUGCCGCAGCCGCCUGGACGGCCGCUUGGACGGCCGCCUCGACGGCCACCUGGACGCCUCGCGGAUGCGGCAGCGGACGUCGAGCAGCUCCGAGGACGACGAAGUGCGGAGGCCGCCGCUGUCGCUGCUGCGCAGCAACGUGGUGCACCUGUCGCCGUCGUCGGACGGGUCGGUGGCGGACCGCGAGGAGAAGAACUCGCACUACGAACUCUCGGAGGACGGUGACGGUGACGGCGACCGCGAGGAGGACGAUCGGUUACCCAGACCGCCAAGUCAAGCCACAAACAACGCCAAGCCAUUCCAUUUGAACCAUUCCCCCACGCAGGACAGCGAACGGAGCGAGCGACUCGCCGGCAGUGUGCCCGCAGUGGCUGCAGUGCCUGUGGCCAUACGGCCCGCCCUCGACGCCCGCCUCGGCGCCAUCAACGGACUAGAGGCCGCGAACGCGACGGUGGCGCCGACGGCGAGGAGCGAAGACUUGUCUGGACUCGUGAAAAGUGCCUGUGAUAGUAAACUUAGAGUGGAGUCGAGAGCAGCGAGUGGGGCUGGACCUGACGGAGACGGAGCCAAAGACUCGAGCGAGGACCAAGGGCGGGAGGAUACCAAAACUCAAGACAUUUCCUGAGGAGACUGAUUGUUCGUAGAAAUUUUUUAGGAAGGAAUACUUUUGUUAUACAUUUCUAGAGUUGUUUGUUUUCGUUUCUUACUCAAAAGAGGGAAUCAGUGAAGUGGUUCACGGUGAGCGUGUUUCAAGCCACCUGACUGUACUGAUUAUUUUUUGUAAGUAUUUGUAUGGUUUUAAUUUGUGGUGUUGUUUUCCAGUCCUUUGGACCCCCAUCUCUCAGAGAAAGGGAAGGAAAACUAUUGAAAUUUCUAUUUCAUUCACUUAAGAAAAACGAACUAGUCUCAGUCACUUUUUCCACGCUGCAUAUCAAAGUUUCCUCCAAAUCGUCUAUUUUGAUCUUAUAUAUUCAACAAAUGUGAUUAUUCCAAAGUUCUUAAAGUCAAAUUUAUUUAAAAAUUUCAAAAUAUCGCUUUUGCAAAACGACCAUGUUAUAUCUAUAAAAGUUGCAUGAUCCAACUUAAAAAGAAAUGUAUCUAUUUGUUUUAAUUUUGGCAAGCUUGAUAAUUAUGAUGCGACCAUUCAAGUGCAAGUUAGUACUCUAAUGAAUGUCUUCGUGUUUGUAGGAAUAUCCCAAGAUUUUUAAAAGAUUACAGAGAAAUUUGAACAAACCAUACAUUUUUACAUUGUUUCCUAUUUUUAAAUGUGUUCACACUAUGAUACACCCUUUAUUGUCUUACAUGCCAUGAAGAGGAAUACUUCUUAAAGCUUAUUGUAUAAUAGCGUUUUGAUUAUUUGGUGUUAAAAUAUAUAAAAUAUAUAAGAGUAUAUUAUAUUAUGAAGUACCUUCCUUUGACUGUGAAAUUUUAACUUUCAAAAUAUUAAAGUAAUUGAGAAAAUGCUUAAUUUAAAAGUAAGUUUUUCGUAAUCUUGGGACGCUCCAAGGAUGUGACUAUCUGUGAUGAUGCCAAAUUUUGAAUGUAUAUUUUCUUUAAUAUCUUAUACUAGGAUAGUUUACGUCAAGAGAGAUCAUUCGACGCUUUUUGUUUGAUCAUCGAUGACACCUGAAGUGCAAUUAGAAAUGAUUUGCCACAUAACAAAAUAGCUCAGUACAAAACCACUGCAGUUAAACAUUCCCUGGGCUCAGUAGUUGCAUCUCUCCCGACCUUCAGUCUCCACUCCAACCCGCCGAUUCCUCAGCGUUCCCUCGAUUCCUCCGAUUCCCAAACGUCUAACUAUACGUCAUUCCUCCGUGAAACCGUAGCAAACUGUCAUUACCUGAACGGAACUCGCCCGACCCGCAGUGACUCAUUCCAGUUGGCAUUAGUAAAUUACUGUCCACUGUGGCAUGUAUACGCAAGUGCGGCUCAAAGAGUACCAACGCACCCCAACCAUCCUGAUACAGAUAGUGUGAGUGUGUUUUGUUUUUAACAGGGUAGGCGCUCGCGUGCGUGCGACCGGGCCGUGGCGUGGGCGCACGUACGCACGCGCCAAUCCUCGUGCGCAAGUUGUGUGUGUGUGUGUGUGUGUGUGUGAUGAGAAGUCUCAAAGGGACUGUACCGUACCAGUUGUUCAAAAGGGGUAUGACCUUUACUUAUUAUACGAUGGCAGUCUCGCUAAUGUGUUGGUUAUUUCCAUCUGCAUGAUGGCUAGACAAUUGUUUUGCGAAUGUUCAUUAUUUUAUACAAUUUGCAUUCUUUGUUAUAAUUAGUUGUGUUUUUCCUUAGUUUCCAAUGCAAUAUAAUGCUUGCGAUUCCACGUUACAUAAGAAAUUGCAAUCGUAUUGUUACUUUGUGAUAUGUUUUCUCUGUUAAAUAGAGAAAGUUAACUAUUGUGUGCAUUUGCGAAAGGAGCUAAGGAAAACAAUGAUGAUCAAUGGUUACCUUGAAACAAUUUUAUCUCAUUUCUUUUGUAAACUUGCAAUGAAUAAUAAGUAUUGUUUGUUUUUGUUUGUGUCCCCUAGCAGUCAUGGUUCAAGCCUUGUUAAUACCAUUCAAAUAAUACUUUAACACUGUUCAGGUUUGAUUUGGCAAUAAUUCAUGCUCGCCCAGGACACUGCAAUUAUACCAGCUCGAUUUUCGUAAUGGACUUCCCCACAGUUUAAUUACAACAAAGUAGCUUCAUGAAGACUUAGAUACACCAUUGUACAAAAGUUUUUAAAGGUUUCUCAAUAAACAUUGCAUUUACAGCUCAUUACUGUAGUUAAUCAGUAGAAAUCCUAUCGAUAGAAUGUGAUUUCAGUCAUUUGUAGACAGGUAAACUUACAAUUGCCAUUUUCAGUACCAUAGACAGUCUAGUGCACCUUGUCCUAGUAUAUGUGCGGUAGGGCAUACAACGACAUGUACAAGAAGGUUUAAGUUGUUAUUUUGUACAUUUACUACACGUUCAUGCAAGUUUUGUACAGGUUUUUGUUCGGUUUAUUUCACUUAACCGUGUCUGCUCAUGUGUUUAAAGUUAUCUGCUCCCUACAGAACAUAAUGCAUACUUUACUUUUUGCUAUUUUUUGUACCUUUUUUAUAUUAAGUGUAUUUAAUUUUAUGCAUCAUUGUUAAAAUAGAAACUAUCAGGAUUCCGUCAUCGGUAAGAAAUACAAUUUCUAGACAUAAAAUAACAACAUAGUCUGUAAUAAUUUUAGUUUUGUUUUACUUUUAUGUUUACUGAGUACUACAGACUAACAAUCAAACAUUUUGUGUUCAUUUUACAGACUAAGUCUAAGACUACGUACAUGUUUAUCUCGUUUAUCGUUUAAUGUUUUGUUUAUUUUUAAUAGAAAUUAUAUACAUGGAUGGAUUUCUUGAAAAUGAAGUUAUGUUUUUAUUUUGUUUAUGUUUGUGGCCACAUUCGAUGUGUGGCCCCCUUGCAUCAGUCUUAUUAAGCUCGAAGACAAAUGCAAGGAGAACGCGAGCGGGGUGCGAAAAAAAAUGGUCACGCUUUAAAACCUGUUCCUUGAGGCACCUUUUCAUGAAAGGUUACUAUGUGUACGUUCUAUUAAGUUUAAUUUACAAGUAUCGAUUUUUAAAUAAACAAUGUCUCCUGAAAUCA